AUGAGUCGCCACCCAGUCACUAAGUGGGCACAGAGGUCCGACAGGGUGUUCUUGACGAUAGAGCUGCCCGACGCCAAGGAUGUGAAGCUGAACUUGAAGCCUGAAGGCCAUUUCAACUUCUCGGCCAAGGGCUCAGAUGACUUGCCCUAUGAGUUUGACCUUAAGCUGUUUGAUGCUGUGAAUGUGGAGGAGAGCAAAGCAGUUGUUGCCCCAAGGACCAUAUGCUAUCUGAUCAAGAAAGCUGAGCGCAAGUGGUGGCCAAGGCUGCUGAAAAAGGAGGGCAAGCCACCUGUGUUCUUGAAGGUUGACUGGGACAAAUGGCAGGAUGAGGAUGAUGAGGAUGUUGGAUUUAAUGACUUUGGUGAUAUGGACUUCUCGAAACUGGACAUGGGAGGUGCUGAUGAUGACGAUAUUGAGGAGGAUGAAGAUGAUGUGGUUGAAAGUGCUAGCAAAGAUGAAGGUGGUAAGAUAGAGGAGAGCAAGGGGGAGGACGCAGCAGCAGCCGCAGAGGAAGUGAAGCCAUGA